UUCAGGAGCACAACACCCUUCUCUGGUUAACAAAAACGAAACCAUUUUCUUUUGAAAAAAGAGAAAACCAGAAAAAGUGUUUGUGAAUGUUAUGAGAGUUUGAUUUGGCUUUGGGGUUUUUGACCAUCUUUUUGUUCCUGUUUUUGGGUUUUCUCUGCCACUCACUGCUCCUUAGAGAGCGAGAGAGAGACUGGCUGAUACCGUCAAAGUCUCCUCUCACUUGCCCACGCCCUUCCCCAACUGCUCAUUUCUCUUUCUUCACAGAUCUACUUCCUUUUUGUUGCUUUGGUGUUGAUGGACUGGAGGUUUACCACUGAUCAGAAUUUUUGUUGCUUUGGUAUUUUUGAUGGGACUUGAUUUGAACUGCUGUGAUUCAAUUUCUAGUGUGAGGAAGAUCAAUCUUUUGGUUAGUUUUUUCAGGUAAUUUUAGUUUAGUAAAGGGCUUGUAAGAUAUUCAAAUAGUUUGGCUAUUGUAUGGAAAAAUUGGGGCAAAGAUAGAAACUAUAAUCGCUUUGAUCAACUCAAUGGGAGGGCUUUGCUCGAGGAGUGCGAAUGUAGAUAAUGCUCCCGGUGAAAGCUUUCCGAGUGUUAAUGGUCAUUUUAAUCACGGGUCUGCAUUGGUUUAUCAGUCCCGUGAACUGAAAGUAAAUAGCAAUUCUACUCCGUCUCCAGUAGGGGAGAGUGUUGAUGAUAAACAGUUGAGAGAACCAUUCUCCUUUGCGGGAAGCAGUGCAGUUCAAUAUGGGGCAUAUCCAGAUGACAUAAAUGAUGGGAUUCCUCGCUUGCCAAGGGCUCUAUCUCACAAAUCAACCAGAUCUAAGCAGGUUGCUGCUGCUAAGGUUUCCGGAGUGAGUUCUCUUUUGGGCAGAGCAGGUACUGCUGGGUUUGGGAAGGCAGUUGAUGUCUUGGACACUCUUGGUAGUAGCAUGACCAAUUUGAACAUCAACAGUGGAUUUACAUCUGGGGUGACAACAAAGGGAAAUAAAAUUUCAAUCUUGGCUUUCGAAGUUGCAAACACAAUCGUCAAGGGUGCCAAUUUAAUGCAGUCCCUUUCAAAGGAAAACAUUAGACAUUUAAAAGAGGUUGUGCUUCCAUCAGAUGGGGUUCAAAAUUUAAUAUCCAGAGAUAUGGAUGAACUCUUAAGGAUUGCUGCUGCAGAUAAGAGAGAAGAAUUGAAAGUAUUUUCUGGAGAAGUUGUACGGUUUGGAAAUCGUUGCAAAGAUCCUCAGUUGCACAACUUGGACCGAUAUUUUGCAAAGCUGGGUUCUGAACUUACACCACAAAAGCAACUGAAGGAAGAAGCAGAGGCAAUAAUGCAACAAUUACUUACUAUGGUUCAAUACACAGCUGAAUUAUAUCAUGAGUUGCAUGCCUUGGACAGAUUUGAACAAGAUUAUAGACGUAAGCUUCAGGAAGAGGAUAAUACAAAUGCCACUCAAAGAGGAGACAGCAUGGCAAUCUUGAGAGCUGAGUUAAAGAGUCAAAAGAAGCAUGUAAGAAGUUUGCAAAAGAAGUCUCUUUGGUCCAGGAUUUUGGAAGAGGUGAUGGAGAAGCUUGUAGACAUUGUCCAUUUCUUGCAUUUAGAGAUUCAUGAAGCCUUUGGUAGUGCUGAUGGUGAUAAACCGGUAAAAGGUUCUCAAAGCAGUCAGAAGAAGUUGGGUUCUGCAGGACUUGCCUUGCAUUAUGCAAACAUUAUCACUCAAAUUGAUACUCUUGUGUCUCGAUCAAGUUCUGUGCCACCAAACACAAGGGAUGCUCUGUACCAAGGAUUGCCUCCUAAUAUAAAGUCAGCCUUGCGCACCAAAGUACAGUCAUUCCGGGUUAAGGAAGAGCUUACUGUCCAACAAAUUAAGGCAGAAAUGGAGAAAACUCUGCAGUGGCUUGUUCCUAUUGCCAAUAACACAACUAAGGCUCAUCAUGGAUUUGGUUGGGUUGGAGAAUGGGCAAACACAGGUUCUGAGGUGAAUCGGAAACCUGCUGGCCAGACUGACUUGCUCAGGAUUGAGACACUACACCAUGCAGAUAAGGAUAAAACUGAAGGAUUUAUUCUUGAACUGGUGGUAUGGCUGCACUACCUUGUUACACAAGUGAAGGCUAGCAAUGGAGGAAUAAGAUCUCCUGUCAAAUCGCCAAUUCGAUCCCCGAACCAGAAAGCAAUACAGUUAUCCCCGAAUAAGCUCCACCCCCCAUCGCCCGUGUUGACAGUUGAAGAUCAAGAAAUGCUUCGCGACGUAAGUAAAAGGAAAAAGACACCGGGAAUAAGUAAGAGCCAAGAGUUUGACACUGCCAAAACCAGGUUAAGCAAGCACCAUAGAUUGACUAAGAGCAACAGCCACUCCCCAACAAGUGACAAUAAGAAAGACCCCUUUCCAAUUCGAAGACCUUCGUCUGUUCCUGUCAUUGAUUUUGACAUCGAUCGCAUCAAAGCCUUGGAUGUCAUUGAUCGAGUGGACACAAUACGAAGCUUAUAAUAAUGUCAUGAUGCAAGAAAGGUUUGUCUAGCGCAACUUUUCUUGAAUCAUGUUAUUUGAAUCUAUGGUAAGUGAUCAGAGUCGUUAGUUUUUGUAUGUGGAAAUCUGAGGUGAGAAAGUAUUGUUGAAGGGGAAUUUUAUUGUUUUAAAAGCUUGGAAUGAAUGGAUACCAAAAGCUAUAUAGCUUUCAGUAGUUUUAGUUAUUGUAUGUACAGAAUGCUUUAAGUUGCUUUUUAUAAUAAUCAAAAGCAGCCUUUUGGUCA